ACUGUUUCUGCUGGGUCUGCUGGUCGCCGCCGGCCCGGCAGCCGCCCAGCGCCCCCGGACUCCGCAGCGGCAGGCUAAGCCCGAAUAUGGAAACUACCGGCCACCGCCGCAGCAAUGUAGCGCGGUAGCCGCUCGGGUCGACCUGGUGUCCGGCGUGAGCGACAAGAUCAACGGCGCGCUCUUCUUCUACCAGGAGUGCCCCAGCCACCCGGUCAUGGUCACUGGUCGCAUCUCGGGUUUGACGCCGGGCAAGCACGGGCUGCACGUGCACGAGCUGCCCAACUUGGGCGAGAAGUGCUCGGACGCUGGAGGUCACUACAACCCGUUCCAGAGAAACCAUGGUGCACAAACCAGCGACACCGACCACAGGCACGUCGGUGACCUAGGCAACAUCGUGGCCGACUACAACGGUGUGGCCGAGGUCUACAUCGCCGACCCCAUCAUCAGUCUGUUCCCGGGCGACCGCGACAUCUUCCGACGGUCGAUUGUGGUGCACUCUGGGGAGGAUGACCUCGGCCUCGGCGGCAACCCCGGCAGCCUCAAGACCGGAAACGCAGGCAUGCGACUCGGCUGCGGUGUAAUUGCGCCCAAUAACGUUCUCUGAUUGUGACGUCACAGCUACUGGAUGGCGCGAACGCUGACGUCAUUCGCUGCGCUCGUGCUGGUCACGUCGCCCGGUCCGG